AUGCAACAAAAGGGCAAAGAGAACGAGAACUAUGAAUCUUGGACCAUGGACGAUACCAAUGAGUUGUUGCACCUCUUGGUGGAUGCUAUCAAUAGUGGAUUGCGUGAUGCUAAUGGGUCACUUAGCAAGCAAAAUGUAGAAAGACUGAUACUUCCUCGUCUUAAUGCGAAAAUUAGGUUCCCAAAAACUUAUAAUAAUUACUUGAGCCGAAUGAAGUGGUUUAAGAAGCAAUAUAACAAGAUGUCUACGCUUAUGCGUAACUCUGGCUUUGGGUGGGACCCAAUUGCAAAGACGUUCACUGCUAGUGAUGAAGUAUGGAAAGAUUACUUGAAGUCCCACCCAAGUCUAAUAAGGGAAAGCACAAGGUUUUACCCUGAUUUCAAGGAUUGCAUCGGAGCUAUUGAUGGUACACAUAUUCCGGCAAUGGUGAGGGGAUGA